AUGGAUCAAGUACAACAAUAUACUGAAUCAUGCAAACAAUUUUUUAAGGAUUCAUAUCGUUUAAUUAAAAAAUGUACUAAACCCGAUCGAAAAGAAUAUCAAAAGAUUGCUAUGGCAACAGCUAUUGGAUUUGCUAUUAUGGGUUUUAUUGGUUUUUUUGUUAAACUUAUUCAUAUACCUAUGACAUCAACUGUCGAAACAGAUUUAACACAAAAAUUAGAAACAAGUAGUUUAGAGGCAGCUAAAAAUGAAAUAUCAAUUGGUAAAGAUACAGCUGAUAUUAUAAAAGCUCAAGCAAAUGAAGCAUUUAAAAAUGGUGAUUAUGAAAAAGCAACUGAUUUAUAUACAAAAGCAAUUGAAAUAUAUCCGGAUGCGAUUUUAUUUUCAAAUCGUAGUUUUUCUUAUCUUCGUCGUGAAUGGUAUGGUUAUGCAUUAAUUGAUGCUAAAAAAGCACUUGAAUAUGAUCCAAAAUAUAUCAAAGCAUAUUAUCGUCGAGCAUCUGCUUAUAUGGCUUUAGGAAAAUAUACAUUAGCUUUAUCUGAUUAUGAAUAUGUCACAAAAGCAUGUCCGAAUGAUAAAGAUGCAACAAUGAAAUAUGAAGAAUGUAAAAAAAUUGUAACACGUAUUCGUUUUGAAAAAGCCAUUGCUGUUGAUGAAUCAUCAAAAUCAGUUGCAAAUCAAAUUGAAAUUAAUACAAUGACUAUAGAAAAAGAAUAUGAUGGUAUACAUUUAGAACCAGAUGGUCGAGUAACUAAAGAAUUUAUGUUUGCACUUUUACCAUAUUUUGAAAACCAAAAAAAACUUCACAAAAGAUAUGCUUAUCAAAUAAUUCUACAAAUUCUUACAAUGCUCAAAUCAUUACCAACAUUAAUUGAUAUUACUGUACCAGCAAAACAUAAAUUUACUAUUUGUGGAGAUGUUCAUGGACAAUUUUAUGAUUUAUUAAAUAUAUUUAAAUUAAAUGGACCACCAUCCGAAGAAAAUCCAUAUUUAUUUAAUGGUGAUUUUGUUGAUCGUGGUUCAUUUAGUGUUGAAUGUAUUUUAACUUUAUUUGGCUUUAAAUUACUUUAUCCUAAUCAUUUUUUUCUUGCUCGAGGUAAUCAUGAAUCAUUAACAAUGAAUCAAAUGUAUGGAUUUGAAGGUGAAGUUAAAGCAAAAUAUACAGCACAAAUGUUUCAAUUAUUUACUGAAGUUUUUAAUUAUUUACCAUUAUCACAUUGUAUUAAUAAUAAAAUUCUUGUUAUGCAUGGUGGAUUAUUUAGUAAAGAUGAUGUUACAUUAAAAGAUAUACGUGCUGUUGAUCGCGUUAAACAACCACCUGAAGAAGGAUUAAUGUCAGAAAUAUUGUGGAGUGAUCCACAACCACAAAAUGGUCGAUCGGAAAGUAAACGUGGUGUUGGUCUUCAAUUUGGACCUGAUAUUACUGAACGUUUUCUUAAAUUAAAUAAUUUAGAAUAUGUUGUUCGUAGUCAUGAAGUUAAACAAGAAGGUUAUGAAUUAGCUCAUAAUGGAAAAUGUAUAACCGUAUUUUCAGCACCAAACUAUUGUGAUACAAUGGGAAAUAAAGGUGCUUAUAUUACAAUAACUGGUGAUGAUUUAAAACCUAAAUUUACAUCAUAUGCUGCUGUACCACAUCCAGCUGUUCGUCCGAUGAUGUAUGCAAAUCAAUUAUCAAUGUUUGGUUUGAUGUAA